AUGAGAUUCACACCGGGACCUCUGGCCUUGACCUUCCUUGUGCCAGGCGUUUUAGCAUCACAAUGUCACAACUCGUCUGUGGAUGGGGGUGAGAAUUUGACUGUCCGGACGCGUACCGGAGUGUACACCGGUGUGGUCGAGGAUCAGUACCCUAACACACGCAUUUUCAAGUCGAUUGCUUUCGCGGAACCCCCUGUGGCCUCACGGAGAUGGUUGCCUCCCGCCAAACUCCCCAACUCCACGACGCAUCAUACUACGUACCAUUAUCCGCCUUCCUGCCCGCAGUUUGUAUCAUCCACGGCAUCCCUGUGGAACCAAUACCUAGGGGAGGGGGAUGAGAUUUAUAAUGGAAAUCAAGGAUACAGCUCCGGCCUCGUGGGAGAGGCGACAUCUGAAGACUGUUUAUACCUCGCCGUCUGGACACCAACUAAUGCCACGGCUGCAUCCAAGCUCCCGGUGCUAUUCUUCAUGACUGGCGGGGCUUUCACGACUGGAGGCAUCAACAUCGGGUGGCAGAAACCAACCAACUGGGUUGAGCGGACCCAGGAACAUAUCGUCGUGACCAUCAACUAUCGGGUCAACAUCUUCGGCUGGCCCAACGCACGGGGACUCAAGGAGCAGAACCUGGGUAUAAUGGAUCAGCGAGCAGCCCUGGAAUGGGUGUAUGAAAAUAUCGAGCAGUUCGGUGGUGACCGCUCCAAGAUUGUGCAGUGGGGCCAGUCGGCUGGCUCCCAGAGUGUCGACUUCCACUCUUAUGCCUACUACGACAACCCACUGGUGCGUGGGUACUUCAUGCAGUCUGGUACGGCACUGAAGUCUCUCGGCUUCUCCGAUUACGAGCAGACCAACUUCACCUAUGUCGCCAAGCAGUUUGGCUGUGACUUUCCGUGUGACGCCGCGGCUGAGCUGGAGUGCAUGCGGCGAAUUCCCUACGCGCAAAUCUCAAAUUUCAUUGGCCACUUUAGUGUUGUGCCCGACGAGCGCCUAAUCUUCAGCGAUUAUUCUGCCCGCUCAGCUGCGGGGAAGAUCGCUCGCCGGCCCGCCAUCAUCUCGAACUGCGCCAACGAAUACGCUUCGUUGAUCACGUAUCCCGUGAACAACCUUACCGCAGGCCCGGACCCGGCUGCAGUAUUGGAGGGUGAUCUGACUGACUGGAUGUGCCCCACCGCUAACUCGACGCUCCUCCGCAAUGAGCAGAACAUUCCGGUCUACCGGUACCAGAAUGCCGGACAGUACCCGAACCUGAACCCAUUCCGCUGGCUCGGUGCUUACCAUGCCAGCGACCUGCCGAUGAACUUUGGCACUUAUCCCAUCCAGGAAUACCUGGGAAACAGCACUGCCUUCGAGGCCGAGGUCAGCCUGGCCAUGCAAGAGCACAUCCUUGCCUUCUUGAAGGAUCCUUUGAACGGGCCGCAGUUGCUGGGCUGGGAACCAGUCAAUGCUUCGUCCCAAACGGGCGGCAAAGUCCUUCGGUUCGGUGCUGAUGGUAAGGCGGUUCAGCAGGUGGACCGCAUUGAGGUAGACGGACCGUGUCGGGGGAUUGGAAAAUAUGAUCAGUUCCCGUGA